AUGCUGCGAAACGCGGGGAAAGCCUCCGCGACCGCGUCAGAGGAAAAGGCAAAGGAGAAGAACAAAAUUUAUAACAGACGAAUAGAUAAGGAAAUAAAAAACCUGAAGGAGUCAAAACUUCUGCAUAAUAAUAAUGUGUACAUCACGGUUAGUCAAGCGGACGGGGAGGAGCAAAAAAGGGAUGAUCGUGUCUUAGGAGAUAGCUUGGACGACCAGGAGAGGAACAAACACUUGUUCCUACUAGAAACGUUUAGUGAAGAAUAUUUCCAAAGGGACAAUUUUUUUCUGAGCAAUUUUACGAAGCAUAUAAAAAUUGUAAAAGAAAAGAUAAACGGUGGGGUGUAUCCCACGAAUGGUCAUGGGAGUAGCAGCCGAUCCAUCCUCGGAGAAUUGGAAAAGUACGAAGAGUAUAAAAAUAAUUUGUGUCCCUUUUUUGGCAUCUACGAGACGCUAAAUUUGGAGAGCAUCUUCGAAAGCUUCCAAAACUUCUUAAGCGAAAUUUCCUUUUUUAUGCCCAUUUUUGAAACGUUUAAAAAUGGCUUCAUGAGGGAGCAGCGCAUCUUCGGGGGGAUGAGCGAGGAGGACUGCGCAGAGGAGAAUCUCCCAUGGGAAGGGCGUCAAAGCAGUGAAUUUUCCUUCUUCACCAACACCUUCUUCGAAAUUAUAUACAAAGAUUUCACCACCCAUUUGGUAGCGAUUCAAAGGGAGGUCACACUUAAGUUACAGAAGGAUGAAGCGUACGAAGAGAAAUCCUUUUAUGAGAUUUUUUCUCAUUUCUUCCAUAAAUACUAUAGCAUCAAAGAAAGUGCUGUGUUUUCAUUUUUCCUUUUUGAAGACUACCCGUUUAGCAAGCCGUACGUCAACAUAGACACCCUGCCCUUUUGCUUUUUUAAAAAAAAAACACACACAAAAUUGAAGGGAGAUAAAUAUAAUCAGAAAAACAUACUCAACAUUUUACUCCCCCAAAUGGAGAAGGGAUGGAUCCCAAAAAUUACCAUCGGGAAUUUAUUCGAAGAAUGCCAAAAGCUUGUUCAUGUAAUUUUUUUUUUUUAUCAGUACAAAGUGUACCUUUUUUUUUAUUACCUGAUGAAGCAUAAAAUAUUUGAAUUAUUUCUCAAAGGAAACUGCAAGGUCAAUUUGGAGACGUACCCCCUCGUCUAUGCCUACGUAGCUGCGGUUGAUAAAAAGCUAGUUACACAAAAAAGAGGAAGGAAAAAAAAUUAUUCCAAUUUGCUCUACAGCAUUGAUAACUGCGAAUGCAUUAAUCAAGAUUUCCUUUUGUAUAAACUGCUUUACAAUUAUAAAAAGGUAAAGAGGAAGUUGGCUAGUCAUGUUCUGGAUGAUGGAGGGAGGACUCCCCUUACGGGUCACCUAAUGCAGAUGAGAAAAAAAAGAUAUGAAUAUUAUAUGUAUUUGUUUUUCCUUCUUUUCAUUUUUUUCCUCCCCCUAUUUGUUAAAAAUGUGUUUAUAUACCAGACGGAGGAAAUUCAGCACUAUCUGCAGAACGCGGGGAACAGCGGGCUUGUUCACGUUGAGAAUGUGGCUAGUGACACCCAGGGGGGGGGGAACCAUCCACUGUUCUGGGUCUACAUGGGAGGAAUAAGCAGGGUGAGCUCCACAUGGGGUGACGAUGUAAGGAAGGCCCAUCCCGGUGAGGGGGCACACACAGCACGUGGAAACACGGACAAGGAGGAAGCGACCAAACCGGGGGAUAGCCCCGUAGGAAGUAGUGACAGCAGGGAGGAGGAGGGCCAACAGGGAAGAGUAAUCAGCUCAGCGGCGAGGACGCCACACGACGGGAGGAGCGGCCCCCCCCCAAGGGCCCUCGCCACCGCGCUGCUAGCCAUCUCCGAGUUCCUCCUGUUCACACUGGGGGUGAUCUACAAUUUGCGCCUACUAAAAAAGAGGACGAAACAUAGCAACCAGGUGUUAAACAUCUGCUCGGCCAUGCUAAUCCUGUACAGCCCAAUUUUCAUUUCGAAGAAUGCCAACUACGUAAGGACCCUAUCCCUGGGUUUGCUAUUCUGGGCCAUCAACUUAAUUUUGCAGAAAAAAAUGUACCUGUCCAUUUGUGUGUACUUUAUAGCCACCUAUUUUGACCUCCGCAAUUUGAGCUUUUUCGUCUCCUUUCUCUUUAUCUAUGUGUACAUUAGCAGCAUGUAUGUAAGGAGAAGUGGCAACAGGGUGAAGACCUCUCUUAAAAAUUGGUGCCACGUUUGCAGGCAUGUACUCCUCUACGUGCUCUCCUUCGCUGUUACCACGUAUAUUUUAUUUUACCUUUUUUCCACUGACCAAGUUGGAUGGGUGGACAUAGCGAAGCGGUGUGUUAAUUUUUUGAGCACCUAUUUGGAACACACGGGAGAGGCCUUUACGAGAAGCCACGCCGCCUUACCCACCCGAGCAGCAACCGGGGGGAAUGGAAGUACACACUCGGGAAGAAUCGCAACCGGGGGGGAUAUCUCCCUCAUUGGGAAUUCCCACCGCGCGCAAAUUUUUUUCUUGGCCCUUAUCCCCCACAUGUUGAGCGUCCUCCUUAAUUACCUCCUCGUCGUGAACACCAUCGCGAAGCUGUACGUCUCCCUAUCCGUUUCCUGCAUCAUGUUUGUCUUCACCUCCUGGGGGGACCCCCACUCAUGCGAUUAUUACUUAACCGCGUUGCAAAUUUUUCAGCUCCUUUUCAUUAACGUCGUUCGAAGCUCAAGCAUACUAUUGAAUGUCCUCAUUUCAUCCUUCAUAGUUUUGACGAGUGAUCGUUUUAAUGUGUACCUCUUCUGUCUGACCAUCUUCCAUUUUGCCUUUCAUAUUUAUUUAAUGUUUCCCUGGGUGAAUUUCCUCCCCAAUGUUAAUUACCAUUUUCGUGUUUGCCUACAUUUGGUGAGUCAAUUGUGCAGGUACGUUGUGUGCAACUUGCACCAUUUGUAUGAAACGAGCAUAAAAGAUAUUGCCCUCUCCUUUGUGGUCAUGCUUUUCCCUCACUCAUCCGCCAUCGCGCCACUGCAUGAGAAGAACACUCGAGACAUCAUUCGGCGGAAGGAAAUGCAGCUGAAGAUUAUUUUUUGCUUGUGCUCCCAUUUGUCUCGCGACUGUUUGCACCUCCCCCUGACGGGCUUCUCCCUGGCGCUUUUUCUGCUGCUCGGCUUUCUGCGGGUGCUCUACACAAAGCGGAAGCAGUUCAGAAAGCUGGACUUCCUGAGCAUCCCCCAGUCUGCCUGCAAGAGGGCCUUCCCGCUGGAGCGACCCAAGAAGUUGUGA